AUGGGUGCCCACCGAGCUUGUUCGGAACACCGCACCGUCUACCGCCAACAACGUGAAAACACCACACCACCGCUACCCCCCUCUGAGAUCAACACCAGCGCCCAAUCGUCCAAGCCGUCGCCGCGAUCCCGAUACCAAUACCCCGAGCCCGAUAUUCCCUUUGUCAUGGACGAGAAGCGCGCCUAUCUCGGAUACCGUGCUCCCAACCCUCCGCCACGUCCCAUGGCUGCCUUCAAGCGGCAGAUAAAGGGCUUGGUGCUCAUAGUGCUCGUGGCAUUGCUGUUUGCCUGGAAUUAUCGGGUCUACCUGGCCCACCCGGCUAGUACCGGCUCCAUCCCGGGGCAGGCCCCGGUUGCCGUCGCAAAGGACCUGGUGCCUUUGGAGGCGCACAUCAUGAGCAAGUGUCCAGAUGCGAGGGACUGCUUGAGAGAUCUGGUCCUGCCUACCAUGAUGAAGGCCCAGGACAAGGUGAACUUUACUCUCUCGUAUAUCGGCACACCGACCGAAAACGACGGCGUCGACUGCAAGCAUGGCCCCUCGGAAUGCAUGGGAAAUAUUAUCGAGCUUUGUGCUGCCCACCUCUACCCCGAUCCCAAGAUCAACCUCGGCUUCACCAUGUGCCUCACCCGCGAAUACAGCUCCAUCCCCGAUCGUACUCUGGUCGAAGACUGUGCCCUGGAGCACGCCAUUGAUAUCAAGGCCCUUAACGACUGCGCCACCGAGGACGAUGGAGGCUUCGGCAUUGGCAUGCUGCGUGCUAGCGUUCGCCGGAGCAAGAAUGCCGGUGUGACCAAGAGCUGUACCGUCAGGCUCAACGAGGAGAUUUACUGCAUCCGGGACGGUGGCGAGUGGAAGGACUGCCCGCACGGAUCGGGCGUCAACGACCUCGUCAUCGCUAUUGAGAAGCUUUACCGUCCUUAG